UCCCUCUCUCCUCCUCUCAGAGGCAGAGCGUCAGGAACAGACACGCACACUGGACUCUUGUUCUGCCUCUCCCUCCCUCUCUCCCUCCCUCUCUCUCGUGUGGGAACACUGCGAGAGACUUCCCCCCCCGUCUCUCUCUCUCCGGCGUGGGAGCUCUGAGCAACCAUGCCCGUGGUGGGAGUAGCGUCUAAACUCCGGCAGCCAGCGGUGGGCUCCCGGCCAGUGCACACGGCUUUGCCCAUUCCCAACCCGGGCAGGGUAGCUGUGGACCAGGGGCCAGGGGCCAGGGGCCCGGAGACAGCACAGCUCACCUGCCAGUUGGCCCUUAAAGUGGAGAUGCAGGACAGCAGGGCAGUGGAGGCGACAGCUCACGGCAGCAGCCGUGAGGCAGAGGAGAUGAAGAUCUGUAAGAUCUACACUGACUGGGCGAACCACUACCUGGCCAAGGCAGGCUGCUCUCAGCUCAUCAAAGACUUGACCCAGGACAUCCCCAGUGGGGUUCUGUUGGCACAAAUCAUCCAGAUCAUAGCUAAUGAGAAGGUGGAGAAUAUUACUGACUGCCCCAGGAGUCACUCUCAAAUGAUUGAGAAUGUGGAGGUUUGCCUGACGUUCCUGGAGACCAGAGGAGUCGGUGUGCAGGGCCUGUCUGCUGAAGACGUGUGUAAGGGGAACCUGAAGAGCAUCCUGGGGCUUUUCUUCAUCCUGUCCCGUUACAAGCAGCAGCAGCAGCAGCAGCAGCAGUACCUGCAGUCUCUGGUGGAGCUCCAACAACAGGUCGCACACCAGGCCACCGGGGCGGCGCCAGGGAGCCAGCACAAACCGCAAGACAUGCAGUCCAGUCUUACAGCAAGAUAUGCCAGUCCACAAGCUCACAGUGGAAUAGGAGCUCCUCAGAAGAAAAAUUCAAGGUUGCCAGGUCCCACUAGAUCCCCCGCUGCAGGCAGUGGAGGCAGCAGUAAGAGUCCAGCCUCGGCCAGUCUGAACAGGAGAAGCCAAAGCUUCAACAGCAUCGACAAGAACAAACCACUGCAGUACGCUAGCGGCAAUGACAGAGAGUCGGUGAAGUCCAUACCUCUGGUGGGCAGCAUGAAUGUCAGCAACAGCGGGCAGCAGCUGGCCUCGGCCAUCCCCUCCUCGGCCGCGGGCAAAGCCUGGCGCAGCAAGUCCAUGAACAUGAAGCACAGCGCCACCUCCUCCAUGCUGGCCACCAGCCCCACGUCCUCGCCACCAUCGCCGUCCAGCUCCGAGCGCCCACGCCCACCGCUGGCCGAUGCCUCCAAGUCGGCGCCGGGCAACCAGCGCUCUGCCCUGGACAAGUUUCGCCUGGCCAAUCCGCGCCCGGCGUCUCGUGCCUCGCCCUCCAUGGCCGAGAUGGCCCUCCAGGAGGAGGAUGACCUGUCCGAGUACGGCGAGGAGACCUCCGGCGGUCCCGCGCCGCCCGGGGGCCCAUCCAAGCCGCAGGGCAAGACGGCGCCCUCCCUGUCGCUGCAGACCAAGGGCACGACGGCGCCGGCCGUCCACGGCGGCACUGCUGGGAAAAGUGCCAGCGGCAAGUCCCUGUCACACCCCAAAGACAGAGAAGAGAAGGGCAGAACCAGGAGCAAAGCCGGCACGCCGCCCAAAGAGGAGCCGCCACCCACGGAAGCCAAGAAGGGCUCCAAAAUCGCCAGCCUCAUCCCCAAGGGAGGCAAAGCGCCCACCGCCACGGCUAAGAAGGACGGCGCCCUGCCGGCCUCCAGCGGAAUCCCCAAGCCAGGGCUGAAGACGCCGGGCACGCCGGCCAAGCCUGCAGCUCCACAGGCCAGCCUGGUGGGGGCACUGGUGGGGGCACCGGUGAAGGAGGGUGGCGAGAAGGCAAAGGGGGGUAAAGGAGGGCAGGCGUACUACGCGCAGCGCACCCUCGGGGGUCUGGAGGGCAGGAAGAGCAGCAUGGUCUCUUCCACCAGCAGCUCCGCCCUCUCCGGCUCCACCGCCUCCACCGCCUUGGGGGGAGGGGGAGGGGGGGUGAUGGGAAGCAACGGAGCAGUGCACCUGCCCCAACAGCAGCAGCACAACCACCCCAACACGGCAACGGUCGCCCCCUUUAUCUGUAGGACAUACUCAGAGAAUGACUGUACUACAGUGGUUGUCCCUGAACCAUGCCUCACUAAAGAUCUGCUUUACUGCAAGACAGCCAAACAGUGCCUGGAGGAGAUCUCAGGGGAAGACCCAGAGACAAGACGCAUGCGCACAGUAAAGAACAUCGCCGACCUGAGACAGAACCUGGAAGAGACCAUGUCCAGCUUACGGGGGACGCAGAUCAGCCAUAGCACCCUAGAGACAACAUUUGACACUACAGUAACAACAGAGGUCAACGGGCGUGGCCUCCCUGCCCUCUCCAGUCGCUCCUCUCCAAUGGCUUGGCGACUCGGCCAAUCCCCAAACCCUCGUCUGCAGGCUGGAGAUGCCCCCUCUAUGCCCGGUAGCUACACCCCUCCCAGGUCCAGUGCUGUAGCGACCAGUCGCUAUGGUGAUUCCUCACGGUUUGUGUACACAGCACCACUGAGGAGGGCAGUAACUUCAGGAGGCAGAGUGGUGGAGCAAGGUGAAAAGGGUGUAGCCCCUGAGGCGGUGCCAGAUGGGGACGUAGCGGGGUACAUGAGUGAUGGAGACCUACUGGCCAAGAAUGUACGAGCUGAUGACAUCACAAGCGGGUAUCUAACUGACGGGGGUCUUCACCUGUACUCACGAAAUGUUGGCCGGACUCCUGAGCUGACAUCAGCUCGAGAGGUCAUCCAGAGAGGAGUCAAAGAGGCACAGGGUGAAGCUGACAGUUGGGAUGACAGCAGCUCAGUGAGUAGUGGCCUGAGUGACACACUUGACCACAUCGCCAACGACGACCUAAACACUCCAGCAUACGCUGCCGUCUCCUCACGCAAGAGCAAAGGAGCACAGUCACACAGAGAGACCUGCAGGCACUUGGAGCAGAGUGACAGUAGCUGGGCCGGUGCUGAAGACCUGAAGAAAGUUGAGGAGGACACAGACCCAGCCAUGGACUCGCCUUCCAAAUGGAAGCCUUCAUCCUCCUCCUCCUCCUCGGGGCAGGUUGAGGAGAGCGGACAAAAGACGGGGCUGCCUAUGUCCCAGACGGGUUCCUGGAGGAGGGGCAUGAGUGCCCAGGUUGGCAUCACACCCCCACGGACCAAAAGUACCACUCCCUCCAUUAAAACGCCAGGUAAAACAGAUGAUACCAAGGCAUCAGAGAAGAGCAAGGCUCCCUGUAAAUCCCCCAGCAUCCAGCGCUCCCCCUCGGAUGCGGGUAAGAGCAGCGGUGAUGAGGGCAAAAAGCCCCCGUCGGGCAUUGCCCGGCCGCCUGCCGCUGGCUCCUUUGGCUUCAAGAAGACCGCGGGCACCUCGGCCCCCCUCAUCACAGCCAGCGGGGCCACGCUGGCCAGCGGCUCCGCCACGCUCGGCAAGGCGCCCAAAUCGGCAGGCGUGGGCAAGGCUGGGGGCGUGGCCAACGGGAGGAAGACAAGCCUGGACGAGUGCCAGCACCAGGAUGAUGGAGUCCUGCUGGGAGUGGGAGGGGCCAAGGUUCCCCUGCAGUACCGAUCCCUCCCGCGGCCCGCCAAGUCCUCCAGUGCCGGGGUGGGCGGGGUCGGGCGGGGCGGCUACCGCGCCGGCUCCAGCAGCGUAGACUCCAACGUCAGCAGCAAAUCCACGGUAGGGGGCGUGGCUGGAGGUGCGAAUGAGGGCGGGGCCACUGCUUCCAAAAGGAGGGAUGGGGCGAAGAUGGGAUCUGGGUGCUCAAGCCCCAUUACCGUUAACCAGACCGAUAAGGAGAAAGUGACGGUGUCGGAUCAGGACGGAACAGCCCUGUCCACCUCGCCCAAGUCCAGCCCCACCUCCAGCCAGUCAGGGCUGAGGCUGCCCGGGUCCAAAUAUCCGGACAUCGCUUCCCCCACCUUUCGCAGGUUGUUUGGCAGUAAAGCCAGCAGUAAACCCAGUUCCCCCAGUACCCCUGAUUCAGCCAAAUGCCCGUCAGUGCUGGGAAGCCCCCAUGGCACACUGGCCCGCCAGACCAGCCUGGACUCGCCCUCUUCGGGCACGGGCAGCCUGGGCAGCGCGGGCGGGCAGAGCGGUGGCAGCAGCCCUCCGUACGGCAGAGCACCCGAGUCCGGCGCGGACUCCCCGGCCUCCAGCCCAGCAUCAGGCCUCUCUCUACCCUCCGCCGCCCGGCCCUGGCCGCCCAACCUCAGCAGCUCCUCUGCCGGUAGCAAAGAGACACUGAGCUGCCAGAGUCUGACCAGCCUGCACACCAGCUCCGAGUCCAUCGACCUGCCGCACCACCACCACGCCACCAAGGUCACACGCACAGGCAGCGUCAAGUCCACGCUGUCCGAGGGCAUGACUCUUGACAGAAACACACUGCCUAAAAAGGGACUGAGACACCCGCCAUCCUCCAGACAGAUGUCCCACGAGGAGGGCAAGGAAUGGCUGCGCUCCCACUCCACUGGAGGCCUUCAGGACACAGGCAGCCCCCUCUCUCCCCCCGGUCCUACUGCCACUGCUGCUGGAAAAUACCACUACUCCAACCUGUUGAGCCCCACCAGUAUCAGUCAGUUCCCACUGUCUGGUAGCAAUAUGACUCGGUCUAACAGUAUUCCAGAGCAGGACACGUUCGAGCUGUAUGGGGAUGGCCGCACGCUGGGGGGCAGUGCCACCUCUCUGGAGGAACGGCCACGUGCCAUGAGCCGAUCCGGAUCCUUCCGGGACAGCACAGAUGAAGUUCAUGGGUCGUCUCUGUCUCUGGUGUCUAGUACCUCCUCCUUGUACUCUGCGGUGUUCUCUUUUCUAAACAAGACAGAGGAAAAGGCUCACUCUGAGCAAAUCAGAAAGCUGCGCCGGGAGCUAGACGCUUCCCAGGAGAAAGUCGCUGCCCUGACAUCGCAACUGGCAGCCAAUUCACAUCUGGUAGCGGCUUUUGAGAAGAGUCUGGGAAACAUGACCUGUCGCUUACAGAGUCUAACCAUGACAGCAGAGCAAAAGGAGUCAGAGCUGGCAGAGCUGAGAGAGACUAUUGAAGCUUUGAAGGCUCAAAACACCGAUGCCCAGACUGCUAUUCAGGUGGCCCUCAAUGGACCAGACCACAUACACAGAGAUCUGAAGAUUCGUCGGCAGCACUCCUCUGAGAGCAUGUCCAGCAUCAACAGUGCAGCAAGUCACACCAGUCUGAGCAGCAGCAAGGACACCGAUGACAAGAAGAAGAAGAAGAAGAGCUGGGUGCCUGAUUCUCUCCCUGCCCAGCUGCGGAGCUCCUUAAAGCAGGCGUUUGGGAAGAAGAAGAGCUCCAAGCUGCAGGUGCCCCAUGAUGAGCUGGAGGAGAUGACUGACUCGUCAGUACCAGCCUCACCCAAACUCCAGCACAGCAACACCCAGCCCUUACACAUGUCUUCAUCCACCACAGAUAUGUGUGUAUGCGAUAACAAGGCUUCCCUGAUUUGGAUGCCAAAGAAAAGGCAAAAUGGCCACGUCAUCUACAAGCACAGAUCUCGGCUUUGUGAGUGUACUGAGGCAGAGGCAGAGAUUAUUCUGCAGCUGAAGAAUGAGCUCAGGGAGAAGGAGCUGAAACUGACCGACAUCAGGCUGGAGGCUCUGAGCUCCGCACACCACCUGGACCAGAUACGCGAGGCCAUGAACCGCAUGCAGAACGAGAUUGAGUUACUGAAGGCAGAGAAUGACAGACUAAAGUCCAGUGGAAGCUCCACCCCUGCUACGCCCGCCAAAAUGGCCCGCCCCCCUUCUGAAGCCUCAAGCACCUCCUCCUCUUCCUCGCGCCAGUCACUGGGACUCUCUCUCAACAACCUCAACAUAACAGAAACCAUCAUGUCAGAUUUGCUCCUGGACGACAGCUGUGAGGGGAACCUGCGGAAGGAAGGCCGCAGAGUGCGGAUAGUGGUCACCAUCUCCGGCGAGUCCAACAGGACCAAGGCAGUACAGAGUCAGGGGCAUCUAAUUGGCUCCAUCGGGGUCAGCGGGAAGACAAAGUGGGACGUGUUGGAUGGUGUGAUACGACGGCUGUUCAAGGAGUACGUGUUUCGUGUGGACCCGCUGACGAGUCUGGGCUUGACCUCAGACAGCAUAGCGAGCUACAGGAUGGGCGAGAUCAUUCGCUCCAGUGUGUCUGAGCUCCCCGAGCUCCUGCCCUGUGGAUACCUGGUGGGGGGCGGUAACACCAUCAGUGUCGCUCUCAGAGGUGUGAGGGAGAGCAGCAUCGACAGCCUGGUGUUCGACACACUCAUCCCCAAGCCCGUCAUGCAGCGCUACCUGAACCUGCUGAUGGAACAUCGCCGGAUCAUCCUGUCCGGACCCAGCGGCACGGGGAAGUCCUUCCUGGCCAGGCGCCUGGCCUACUACAUCAUCACCAAGAGCGGCCAGGAGGUCAGCGACUGCAACGUGGCCUGCUUCAGCGUGGACCAGAAGUCCAGCACGCAGGACCUGCGCCAGUAUUUGUCUAGCCUAGCAGAGCAGUGCAACUCAGAAGGGAGUGAGGGAGAGCUCCCCCUGGUGGUGGUCCUGGAUAAUUUGCACCAUAUUGGAUCUCUCAGUGAUAUCUUCAAUGGCUUUCUCAACUGCAAAUAUCACAAAUGCCCGUAUGUCAUCGGAACCAUGAACCAGGGGGUGUCUUCCUCCCCCAACCUGGAGCUGCAUCAUAACUUCAGGUGGGUGUUGUGUGCAAACCACACUGAGCCUGUCAGGGGCUUCCUGGGACGAUUCCUCCGUCGAAAACUCAUCGAGACAGAAAUUGAGAAGAACACACGUAGUAAUGACCUCAUCAAGAUCAUCGACUGGAUCCCCAAAACCUGGCAACACCUCAACUCCUUCCUAGAAGCUCACAGCUCCUCAGACGUCACUAUCGGUCCAAGGCUCUUCCUGUCUUGUCCAAUGGAUGUUGAUGCCUCUCGUGUGUGGUUCACUGACUUGUGGAACUUUUCUCUAGUGCCAUACUUAUUAGAGGCAGUGCGGGAGGGACUACAGCUUUAUGGUAAGCGAGCAGCAUGGGAGGAUCCUUCCAAAUGGGCCAUUGACACCUACCCAUGGAGCUCCGCCUCCCUGCAACACGACAGCCAAUCACUGCUGCAGCUCCGGCCGGAAGAUGUUGGCUAUGACAGCUAUGGCUCAUUGAAAGAUGGCGCCUCCUCCAAGCAAGUGUCCCAGAGUGACACAGAGGGAGACCCACUGAUGAAUAUGCUAAUGAGACUACAGGAAGCUGCUAACUACUCCAGCGCCCAGAGCUGUGACAGCGACAGUGCCAGUCACCAUGACGACCUUCUAGACUCUUCCCUCGAGUCGGCCCUGUAAGCCCCACCAUGAGGAAGAGCCUUCUUCCUAUUGGUUUAUCAGCAUAACAGAUCCGAUGGCUCACUGGGCGUUAGUGGGCAGUAUAGAUGGCCGCUCUAGUGCCCCUGCUGGGAGACCUGCCCCCUCUGAGGCUGAAGAGGCAGAGAAGAGAUGCCUGGACAGUGCUGGAAGCACACAAAACACUGGUGAAAUGUGCAAUUAAAAAAAAAUAACCAAACAAACAAAAAUAACAACUGGAAGUCUUUGUUUGUUUUCAUUUGGUUAGCGAUCUCCAUGUUAACUAACGUUGUUUACACGAGUAGGAGUCUUUGUUCAGUUCACCGAGGUGCUGCAGUGAGGAAAAGGGCAACAUACCCAGUCCAGACCUCAGUAAACCUGGUGCUGCUGCAGUGCCGAAAUUAGUUCUCUAGUUUAUGCUCAUUCCCACCCGGCGACAUUCACGCCAAACCAACAAGCACAAGUGCUUCUCGUGUCAUGUCUGCUACUGUGAAGCUCUUCACCACUCGCACCACUCAGUACACUGCCAAGCGUGCAACAACAACAGCCCCUUUAUAGUCGCCCUCGACAACCUGACUCAAGCUUGCAGUGCGGUAGUCUCGUCCCUUUGAAUCAGUGACCAUGCGUGCAGUUCCUUUUCUCUCCCCAGCGGAGCAGCAGAGAGGUAACGAGUGACGAGGAUGUGUGCAUGGAUGAAGGAGGAAACUAGCCUGAUUCUGGUGCUUUUAUUGCUGCCUUAUAUGUGCUGAGCUCUGGCAGACAGUUCAGUAGGCCUGUAUUCUUAAGACCGUGGAUGUGCAGAAAAGCGGCGUCUCCCAGUGGCGCGGCACUUUAGGAUGGAAUUUUAAACCCGAUAUCCCGAUAUAUGCCACGUCCACAUAUUUUAUUUUUGUUACCUGACAAGUGAGUUAGAAUUAAGACACACUAUUGAAAAAUAUGUUCAAAUGUAUAAUAAUUAAGGGGAUGGGAUAACUUUAUGUAAUCCCAGCUGAGCUGGGAAAAACAACCAAGAUGAGCACAACUCUGACAAGUUGCUUCACUAGCAUGCUGUUUGAGAUAUGAGUGUGCUUGUAUGUGUGUUUGUCUGUGUGUGUGUGUGUGUGUGUGUGUGUGUGUGUGUGUGUGUGUGUAUGU